AUGGUUGGGUUUAAUUUUUUCCGUAUUCUAGGAGACAUUUCCCAUACUCUCUCAAAAUGUAUCCUCAUAUUCGCCAUUCACCGUAACUCCUCUGCGGAAGGUGUCUCCCUGAUAACCCAAUCUCUCUAUGCCCUCGUCUUUAUAACUCGCUACCUGGAUCUCUUCUCUGGAAUUUUCAUCCUCUGGAAUUUCGUCCUCAAAGUCUUCUAUAUAGGUUCCUCUCUUUAUAUUCUCUUUUUGAUGUUAAGAGUGUAUGCGAGAACUAGGGAAAGAGAAAAGGCAUGGAAGCUUGGAGGAUUGUGUUUUGUGGGAAGUGCUGUAUUGGCACCGAUUGCGAUGAUGAUUUUUGAGAGGAAGUAUGGUUGGGGUUUUAUGGAGGUCCUCUGGGUCUUCUCCAUUCUUCUCGAAUCUACCUGCAUCCUCCCUCAACUCCUUCUUCUCCGUCAAACAACAGUUCCCACGGUCCUCGAUUCUUUCUACCUCGUAACACUCGGUUCCUACCGUUUCUUUUACAUCUUGAAUUGGAUUUGGCGUUCCUUAGAUAUCAAUGAUCGUUCUCCAGAUGCGAUAUCAAUUAUUGGUGGUGUGAUCCAAACAGCGUUUUACAUCGAUUUUGCUUGGGUUUAUUACACAAGACAAAGAGUCAAGUUGAGGAAUGGAGGAGUUGUUGAUGCGGAUGAUAUCAGUAGAGGCUGGUUAUUGAAUAGAGUGUUGGGCAACAAACAUAUGGUCGGUACGGAUGAUGAUGAUGAAGGGGAUGAGGAAGCAAAUACUGUCGGUAGACAAGAGCCAAAUCGAAAUGGUACUAAAUGGGGAGCAAGAGGUAUUUCAGUUAGUGCAGAUGAGGGAGUUCUCGUAGGCGAAAGUCAAAGACAGGCAGGAUAUGAAGGACAAGAAAGUGGAGUUAUUGGUGCGGAUGUGGAUAAAGAUGCAAGAAUGAAGGACCCCGAUGAGUUGGCGAGAAUUUUGGAUGAGGAUGAGGGGGAAGAAAGUGAAGAGGAUGGAACAUUACCUAUACCUGGAGAGAAUGGAAGUGGAGUCAGCAAUGGAUCGGAGUGGAGGGGAUAG